AUGCCAGCUCUUCCGAUUCUUAAACUCCCGAUCAUCGUUUUGAUGAAGAUUCUGAGAUCAAUCGAUAUUGAGACAUUAAUCCCCAUCUCAUUAUGCUCUCGUAAAAUGUAUUACCUCGUUAAGAACUUUCGAGAUAAAUCGAUUUCACUUAAACUCAGACUGGACGGAGGAAAUCCAAGUGUACCCGUACAAGUGUUGACACCGGAAAGUUAUUGCCACCAAGUUGAAAUUGUCACAGGAAAGUAUGGAAAUCUGGAACAAGUUAAUUUCAAUGGUCACCUGGUACCCAUCGAUCGUUCGAGAGAGGAAGGGGACUGGAAGACUUAUUGGAAUGAUAAAGAAGAAGGAAUUCACUCAGUUUUGGAUUAUCUAUCGGAUCUUUUUGGAAUUAAGAAGAUCAUCAGAAUCACAUUAAACUACCGCAAUGAAGUCUGGCUGUUGAAUUUAAUUGAAAAGAGACAAGGAAACGAUUAUGAACUGGAAAUACAUUCGAGAUUAAGUGAAGAAGACUGUCAUUUCAUACUGAAGAACUAUCAUCCGAAAGGAAUGAGGGUUUUGUCGUUGAACCCGGGAAACUUUCCAAUUUCACAAUACUUGAAACCACUUGAAUUCUUAUUUAGUCACUGGAUGUUAUCGAUUACUCUCGAUGAUGUACUUAACACAAACUGUGAGGAACUAGUUUUACUACAUAAUGAGUUCACAGAGUCAGAAAUCAAACGGAUUCUUCAACACUGGGCUAUCGGAGGGUUCAAACGACUCAAGUUUCUUGGUUUAUAUGCUAAAGACUUGAAUUUGGGUCACGUACUUGAAGAUCUAGAUGGGUUGACUCACUCUCGGAUGACAGAAAAGAGGGCGUAUAUAUCAUCAACUACUAAAAAUGUCAGUUUUAGUGAUUAUCUCAUUACCCGGAAUGAUGGUGUCGUCGCUUCUUUUCGAUAUUACGACCGAACAGCAAGAGUUGCAUUUGGUGUUUGGCCGGAUUCAGAGGGAAAUGAAUACUAA